AUGGAGGAGGCGAAACGGAAAGAGAGUAAGCACCCCGAAAAGACUGAUGAGAAGGCGAAGGACAAGGAUAAGAGUCAGCAGCCCAAGGAUAAAGAAAAGGACAAGAAAGAAGAGCAAGAACUGUCAGAGGAAGACAAGCAGUUACAAGAGGACCUGGAAAUGAUGGUGGAGAGGCUGAGUGAGAAGAACACGGCGCUGUACCGUCCGUCGUUGGAAGAGCUGCGCAGACAAAUCCGCUCCUCAACCACCUCCAUGACCUCAGUACCCAAGCCCCUGAAAUUCCUGCGCCCACACUAUGGCAAGCUCAAAGAGAUCCAUGAGGGGAUGGCUCCUGGAGAGAACAAGCGUUUCUGUGCUGAUGUGGUGUCAGUGCUGGCCAUGACAAUGAGUGGUGAGAGGGAGUGUCUGAAGUACCGUCUGCUGGGCUCGCAGGAAGAGCUGGCCUCCUGGGGACAUGAGUAUGUAAGGCACCUGGCAGGUGAGGUCGCUAAGGAGUGGCAGGAGGUGGAGGAGAAUGACAAGACACAGCAGGAGACGCUGUUGAAACUGGUGAAGGAGAUUGUGCCCUACAACAUGGCCCACAAUGCUGAGCACGAGGCGUGCGACUUGCUGAUGGAGAUUGAGAGGCUGGACAUGCUGGAGGACUACAUUGAUGAAAAUGCUUAUGGCAAAGUCUGCCUUUACCUCACCAGUUGUGUGAGUUAUGUCCCUGAGCCAGAAAACUCAGCACUGCUGAGAUGUGCCCUGAACAUCUUCCGAAAGUUCAACCAUUAUCCGGAGGCCCUGCGUCUGGCCCUGAUGCUCAAUGAUGUGGAGCCAGUUGAAAACAUCUUUACAUCCUGCAAAGACAUUGUCAUCCAGAAGCAGAUGGCCUUCAUGCUCGGUCGUCACGGCAUGUUCCUGGAGCUUAAUGAGGAUGUCGAGGACUAUGAGGACCUGACAGAGAUCAUGUCUAAUGUGCAGCUCAACAGCAACUUCUUGGCCCUGGCCAGAGAGUUGGACAUCAUGGAACCCAAAGUCCCAGAUGACAUCUACAAAACACACCUGGAAAACAACAGGUUUGGAGGCAGCGGCUCUCAGGUGGACUCUGCUCGUAUGAAUUUGGCGUCCUCCUUUGUGAACGGCUUUGUCAACGCAGCUUUUGGACAGGACAAGCUGCUCACAGACGAUGGCAACAAGUGGCUGUACAAGAAUAAGGACCACGGCAUGUUGAGCGCUGCAGCCUCCCUGGGUAUGAUCCUGCUUUGGGACGUGGAUGGUGGUCUGACCCAGAUUGACAAAUACCUCUAUUCUUCCGAGGACUACAUCAAGUCCGGUGCCCUUCUGGCCUGUGGCAUUGUAAACUCAGGUGUGAGAAACGAAUGUGACCCGGCCCUCGCCCUGCUCUCAGACUAUGUCCUCCACAACAGCAAUGUCAUGAGGAUAGGAGCCAUCUUUGGACUGGGCCUGGCCUACGCUGGCUCCAACAGAGAAGAUGUCCUUUCUCUGCUUCUCCCUGUCAUGGGAGACUCCAAAUCCAGCAUGGAGGUGGUUGGUGUGACAGCGCUGGCAUGUGGUAUGAUCGCAGUAGGGUCGUGUAACGGCGACGUGACCUCCACCAUCGUCCAGACCAUCAUGGAGAAGAAUGAGCAGGAGCUGAAGGACACAUAUGCCCGCUGGCUGCCUCUAGGCCUAGGACUCAACCACCUGGGUAAAGGAGAGGCAAUUGAGACAACCCUGGCAGCUCUACAGGUUGUACCUGAACCUUUCCGCAGCUUUGCCAACACACUAGUGGAUAUCUGUGCCUAUGCAGGUUCUGGUAAUGUGCUGAAGGUGCAGCAGCUUCUCCAUAUCUGCAGUGAGCACUAUGAAGCCAAGGAGAAGGAAAAAGAUGAGGACAAGGACAAGAAGGAUAAGAAGGACAAAGACAAGAAGGACACUACUGCUGACAUGGGCUCCCACCAGGGUGUAGCUGUUCUUGGUAUUGCCCUGAUUGCCAUGGGGGAGGAGAUUGGCUCUGAAAUGGCACUGCGAACAUUUGGACAUCUGCUGCGCUAUGGUGAGCCCACCCUGAGACGAGCAGUGCCCCUUGCCCUUGCUCUCAUUUCCGUGUCCAACCCUCGUCUCAACAUCUUGGACACCCUCAGCAAGUUUUCCCAUGAUGCUGACCCUGAGGUCUCCCACAACUCCAUCUUUGCCAUGGGCAUGGUGGGGAGUGGCACAAAUAACGCCCGUCUGGCUGCCAUGCUGCGGCAGCUGGCACAGUAUCACGCCAAAGACCCUAACAAUCUCUUCAUGGUCCGACUGGCUCAGGGUCUGACUCACUUGGGCAAAGGCACACUGACACUCUGUCCCUACCAUAGCGACAGGCAGCUGAUGAGCCAGGUGGCGGUUGCUGGACUGCUCACCGUGCUUGUUUCUUUCCUUGAUGUCAAGAACAUAAUCCUGGGGAAAUCUCACUAUAUUCUCUACGGCCUGGUAGCAGCCAUGCAGCCACGUAUGCUGGUCACAUUCGAUGAGGAGCUCCGACCACUGCCUGUGUCUGUCAGAGUUGGACAGGCUGUGGAUGUCGUGGGCCAGGCAGGCAAGCCAAAAGCCAUCACAGGUUUCCAGACUCACACCACACCAGUGUUGCUCGCUCAUGGAGAGAGGGCUGAGCUGGCCACAGAGGAGUACCUCCCUGUCACCCCCAUCCUGGAGGGCUUUGUCAUCCUCCGCAAGAACCCUAACUAUGAAACCUAGACUGCACCCAAACAAAACCAUUCUCGCUGGUCUCUCCUUCUGUUUGUAAGGGUAGUCCUCCAUGGCUCUUGGCAGUUGUUAUAUUUAGUUGUUUACAGCAUGGCUGAAAAGAGCGACGCAGGCCUAUCCUUCUUCCUUGCUUUGUCCUCUCACUGUCAUCUGUGGCCCAGCUCCAGCAGUCAUUAAAAAUGGAUGAUUGGGGUCUGGUUAAUUGGACUGGUAUGACACAGAGAGGGUUUAACUGGGACCUUAUCCACUCUACAUAGAUGGUUUCCUUAUUGCUCUAAGUUUGAUCCACCUCUCCCAUUUGUACUGAAUCAGCUGUUUGGCUGACUGGGGGCCUCUUCAAAAGUGGGAACUGUUCACCACCCCUUUGUUUGUUUGGUUUUUUUUUUUU